UUAAAGGCGUGUGCCACCAACGCCUUUCAGCUCAUCCACACUGUUUCUAAAGGUACUUUAUCAUGGCACUUGAGUUAGUGUGACACUUAUUGUUUAAGUGUCUGUUUUUGCUCAGUAAAUUAGGAGAUCCUUGAAGACAAUCUGUUUCUAGCACCCAGCAUGAACCUGGUAUGGAGUAGAUGUUCAGUGAUUAUUUGUGGCAUAGAACAAGGAUGGACAGAUAGAUGGGCCAACAUGGCCUAUCGCUGUUUGUGUGCCUAUAACGCAAGUGGAGCCAUCUGUCUCCCCUGUAGCUCCACAGGACUAUGGCCUUUUCACUCCAGCAGGAAGCUGAGACCCACACCGAACUCUUCCUUUUCCCUGGGCAACUACCCACGGUCACCCCUUUUGCCGUAUCCCAUUGACAGAUCAACCUUCGUCAACCCUGUCCUCCAGGAAAGCCUCACAGCAAGUCAAGAGGAUAUCAGAAGCCAGAGCAUGCAUGAGUUUUUGUCUAAAAAAGUCCCACCCUGCCUGCAAAAUCCCCAAGAUGACUUUAAACAAAUUCAAUAUUUACGGGAACAGCCCGCUGCUCGUGUACUUCUUCCUCAACUACUCCAGGCUGCGGCCACAUGGCCAGGAUGUGCUGAUGAACAGGAGCGAAAAGACCAAACUCAUCCCUGACUCUGUCAUGACCUAUGCUGACAUCAUCUGCCAGGUCAAGAAGAACAUGGACACCCGAAGGAAGAAGCUCAGGCAGCUUUCCCAGCUGCAUGAGAGCGAGUGGACCUACUUCAACAGCUACCUAACAGAGCUGCAAGAGAACUACAUGAGGGAGGUGAAAAUUAUCAAUAAAAAAGUGGCAGAAAAAAGAAAGGCCAACAAUGUCUUCCUCUCACCCUCGAUACUGUUUGAUGAUUUGUUUGACAAGAAAUCCAGAGGAAAUCCCCACAAUGAAAUGGCGUUCCUCUCAAGGAAGAAAAUCAAAGAUGUAGAAGAGAGACAGAAGAUUCUCUCGUCCUCUUCCUCAUUCCAAAGGCCAGUGGAUAACUAUUCCCUGGGCCUAAAAAGCCCCUACAGAAUCGGGUCUAUUUCCAGCGAGGCCAUCGCCAGUAUGACCAAAGUGACACAGGAUAUGCUCUUUAGACUCUCACCGUCCAUAGAAUGAACUCACCCGAGAACAGGCUCAGACUGCAGAGGUGGUACCUGCAUAUGUUGUCGGAUGUGGUAGAAAACGGAACCAGCAAUGACAAGUGAGAGCACUACUGCAGCCAAGGGGAUCCUGAGUCUUCACAGUCCACGGGAUAAAGAAUAUUAAAGUUCACAUCUACCACAGGCCAAAGUUAGGACUGAGAGAAGAUGAUUCACCUCAUCCAUUCAGACAUUUACUAAUUCGUUCUUUCAUUCACUUAAUAAUAAUAACAUGAGACAGGGUUUCUCUGUGUAGCUUUGGCUGUCCUGGAACUCACUCUGUAGACCAGGCUGGCUUUGAAAUCACAGAGGUUCACCUGCCUCUGCCCCACAAUAAUGACACAGUUCAACACAUUCUUAUAAAAUAUAACAAGACCUUGUCUCAAAGAACAAGCAAGUGACAGGCAGUGGUGAUGCACACCUUUAGCCCCAGCACUCAGGAAACCCUGUCUCCAAAAACAAAACAAGCAAGCAGUAU